AACACCAACAAGCAACAUAGUUUUAAAUUGGGUAUGAACAAGUAGUCAUCACGAAAAUAAAGGCAUGAAGAGAGAGGAUGUGAAAAUUAAUCCCCUACUUGUACUUAAAAGCCCAAAAACAAGGGUCUAGAGUGGGAAGUAAGAUAUUCAGCAUAUCAAUGUGGAGCUGAAUGCGUGAGUAGAUCUGUGGAAAAGCCUCAAUAGUAGUGGUAUCAGAACCCCUUUACCUCAUCACUAUCAUGUUUGACAACGAAAAACCCAGCCUCCUCGGUCCUUAGAACAAUAAUGGACUAUGGGUUAGAGGUAAUGUCGAUUACCUCCUUGUCUUUGACCGGGGCAACAUCGGCAACAUCGUCGUUAUUGUCGAUGACGAUGACCUCGUCAUCCUCCUUAUCGUCAAAGAUGAAGGGGUAGCCACCAUCUCCAAAUUGAGUUUCUAGAAUACAUGAUUCGUAAAGGAAAUCAUGGAACUCCAUUUAAUGGGGCUCAAAUCUAGGGUUAUUGGAGAGGAGAGUUAUCUAGGGUUCGUCGGAGGAACUAAGUAGAUGUAGAUCUAAGAAGAACAACUUUUUGCGAUAUGUAAGUACAAGAAGUUGAAAGAAGGUGAGAAGAAGUAAAUGGGGAGCAGAGAGGAAGGGUCGUGGACUGUAAAGGCGUGGAGAUGGACCAGAGAAAUAAUAAAUGUGGAGAGGAAAGCAAUAAUCUCCGAUCUCCAAAAAGUCUUUCUUCAUAUCUGCUUUGUCUGUCCAAUAAUUUAAAGAAAGCUGCAAUUUUUUCAUCCCUUUCUUAAUUGUGUGACCAUUACACCACAUCAAACACAACAACCCAUUCAUUAAUCAUAUCAUAUCAUAUCCCCUCACUCUACUCUUCUUAUUAUUGGAUCCAUCCCGAAGAGAGAGAGAUUAAUUAGACCCGUGAAGGUUUCUUUAAGUUAAAGAAUAUAUAUGGGUAAAGUUUUGGGAACGGUCAUCGGAGGUGAGGAAGAAGAGGAAUAGCGCCGGCGGCCGGAUUAUGGAUUGUGGGUCUUGCCGAUUCCACUCCGGGAACAAAUGGCUGGCUUCUUUUCACUAGGUGGAGGAAGAGGGAGAGACGCCGGUGGUGAUAACAGCAACGCCGCCGGGCAACCACAGAGCAGCGGGAAUAACAACCGCCACAGCGCCGCCGCCGCCGCGCAUAUCAGCCCGGAGAGUUGGUUCCUGCUCCGGAAUGAUCAGGAUAUACCUCCGGCGUACAAGGGAUUCGAGCUAUGGCAAGAUCAGCCCUCCAUCCGUCACCACCAGCACCACCACCAAAUCUCCCACCUCCAGGAUCUGUACUCCUCCGCCGCGGCCGCCGCCGGCCUGACCCGGAACGCCGGCGGAGUACUCAACGCCUCCACCUCCGCGGUGCCCGCCGCCGAAGAGACCUCCAGAUCGGCCGCGGCGCUCGUCAUGAUGAGCGGCUCCGGCGGGAUCAGCUGCCAGGACUGCGGCAACCAGGCCAAGAAAGACUGCUCGCACAUGCGCUGCCGCACUUGCUGCCGGAGCCGGGGUUUCCAGUGCAAUACCCACGUGAAAAGCACGUGGGUCCCGGCGGCAAAGCGCCGGGAACGGCAGCUCCUAAACCAGCAACACCAACAGCUCUCCUCCUCCUCCACCGCCUCGCAGAGCCAGGACACCCUCCAGCUCCGCGGCGGCGGAACCAGCCGAGAAACACCCAAAAGGCAUAGAGACGACCCCAACGCUUCCUCCCGUUUGCCCUCCGCCAUUUCCGGGCUAGAAAUGGGGAAUUUUCCGGCGAAAGUGAGCCUAAACGCGGCGUUCCACUGCGUCAGGAUGAGGUCAAUCGACGACUCGGAGGACCAAUGCGCCUACCGGGCGGCGGUGAACAUCGGGGGCCAUGUUUUCAAGGGAAUCCUAUACGACCAAGGGCCGGAGAGCCAGUACAUGGCGGCGGGGGAGAGCUCGUCUGGCGGCAGUGCGGGCGGCGGGGCCCACACUGCACAGCAUAAUUUGCUGUCCUCAGGUGGCGGUGGGUGCACAGCAGCCACCGCCACCUCAGGCUCCGCCAGCGGAGGAGGAGGAGGAGAGGGACAGGCAGCGCCGCUGUACGACCCGUCGCUGUUCUCCUCGUCGGCCCCACUUUGCAGCUUCAUGGCUGGUACGCAAUUCUUCCCACCUCCAAGAUCUUGAUGAUGAUGAAUUGAUGACUCUCAUUGCCAAUGUUCUUGCAUGUUUGGUCAUCAUCAUCCUCUAUCUUACAUUCUUUAUUAUCCCAACACAUAUAUGUGAAUUUAUUGCUAGGGCUUUGGUGGUCUCU